GCAUUUGUUUACAGUUUCCGCCGGCCACUGCUGUCAUCGCAUGUGUCAAAGCAGGCCAAAUUCUCGUAAAAACAUGAACGAUUUGUGUCCGAGCAUUUUUGUUUGAUUUGCAAAUGUUUGGCGUUGUUCAAUGAACGCAAUACCGAGCGGAGCGCAAUCCGGCUGAAAUAAAACGCGAGAUUUAAACGGAAAACACCUAAAAGUUGCUUAUCUUUCAUUGUGCAAAACAACUUCGUCAAGUGUCAAGGCAGCCUGUUGGAAAGUGCGCCAAAUCGUCAAAACAAAUACGAGGCAAGGUAAACAAUACUUCCGCAAAUCGGUGCUUUAAGCCAUCUCCCAAAAAAUGGCACAAAUGGAAAAGUCUUUACAAUCUGCCUCGACAGUGGAAGACGAGGAGGACUACGGACCGUUGUUGAUCGGGAAGCUUGAGGGCAAUGGAAUCACAAACGGAGACAUCAAAAAGCUUGCCGAGGCCGGCUUUCACACCGUCGAAGCGGUUGCAUAUGCACCGAAAAAGCAACUGCUUGCGAUCAAAGGCAUUUCCGAGGCGAAAGCGGACAAAAUACUCCAGGAAGCGACGAAGCACGUACCGAUGGGUUUUACGACGGCAACCGAAUACCACCAGAAGCGGUCGGAAAUUAUCCAGCUGACAACGGGUUCGAAAGAGCUGGACAAACUGCUCGGCGGUGGCAUUGAGACGGGCAGCAUCACGGAGAUAUUUGGCGAGUUUCGAACUGGCAAAACGCAGCUGUGCCAUACGUUGGCCGUCACCUGCCAGCUGCCGGUGAGCCAGAACGGUGGCGAAGGCAAAUGUUUGUACAUCGACACGGAGGGUACGUUCCGACCGGAGCGACUGCUAGCUACCGCCGAACGGUACAAACUGGUCGGGGCGGACGUGUUGGACAAUGUGGCGUACGCGAGAGCGUACAACACCGACCACCAGAUGCAUCUGCUGAUGGUUGCGUCGGCCAUGAUGGCAGAAUCCCGCUACGCGCUUAUCAUCGUGGACAGUGCCACCAGCCUGUACCGGACGGAUUACAGUGGACGGGGGGAGCUAGCGGCACGGCAGACACAUUUGGCCAAAUUUUUGCGCAUGCUGUUGCGGCUGGCCGACGAGUUUGGGGUGGCGGUUCUGAUCACGAACCAGGUCGUCGCACAGGUGGACGGUGCGGCAAUGUUCAAUCCGGAUCCGAAGAAACCGAUCGGUGGCAAUAUCAUAGCGCACGCCUCUACCACCCGGCUGUACAUGCGUAAAGGUCGGGGUGAAGCGAGAAUCUGUAAAAUUUACGAUUCACCGUGUUUGGCAGAAGGCGAAGCCACGUUCGCUAUCAAUCCGGAUGGCAUUGGCGAUGUGAAGGAGUAGUGGGGAGCCGGGAAACCACCUCCCAGGGAUGCGCAUGCUGUCGAAGGGAGCGUGGCGAUACGGUAUGUUAGAUAGAAAUGUCCGUAAAAUGCUGGUUAUUUUGAUAAAUGUAAUACAACGACUAUUUUUUUAUAAAA